AUGUCCCUCUCGUCCUCGCAGCUCUCCUCGAUCUGGUCGGAACUCGAGACGUCCGGGUGCCUCAUCACCGCCAGCGGACAAGUCCACACGCAGACCGACGCGACGCGGGUGCCGCACGCGUGUAUCGCCGCCGGGGGCAGGAGCGUGUGGAAUACCGCCGUGCGCACGACCGCCAACGACCCCUACAUCAUCCUCUGCACCCCGCGCGAGGGCACCGUCGGCGACCUCCAGACUGCGCUGAGUGCCGACGGGGACGUCGUCGUCGAGGGAUGUCGUGGCGACUUUGCGGUCCAGCAGCGUAAUGCCGCGGCUUCGCGACACUGGGGCAAGGUGCUGAGCCUUGCGGCGGUCGGAUACCUCGCUGUCCUGGCUCUUUCGUGGUAA